CAGUACUUCAGGCAGCGGGACAGCGCGGCAGCGUCUCUUCAAAGCGGAGCGGGGAGUUUUUGCUACCCUUGUCGCCGCCAUGAGUCGUAGUUAUAAUGAUGAGCUGCAGUUCUUGGAAAAGAUCAAUAAAAACUGCUGGAGAAUCAAGAAGGGCUUCGUGCCCAACAUGCAGGUUGAAGGAGUUUUCUACGUGAAUGAUGCUCUGGAAAAAUUAAUGUUUGAGGAAUUAAGGAAUGCCUGUCGGGGUGGUGGUGUCGGUGGCUUCCUGCCAGCCAUGAAACAAAUUGGCAAUGUGGCAGCCCUGCCUGGGAUUGUUCAUCGGUCUAUUGGGCUUCCUGAUGUCCAUUCAGGUUAUGGGUUUGCUAUUGGGAAUAUGGCAGCCUUUGAUAUGAGUGACCCCGAAGCAGUGGUAUCCCCAGGUGGUGUUGGAUUUGACAUCAACUGCGGUGUGCGCUUGCUAAGAACCAAUUUAGACGAAAGCGAUGUCCAGCCUGUGAAGGAGCAGCUUGCCCAAGCUAUGUUUGACCAUAUUCCUGUUGGGGUGGGAUCAAAAGGUGUCAUCCCCAUGAGUGCCAAAGACUUGGAGGAGGCCUUGGAGAUGGGUGUGGACUGGUCCCUGAGGGAAGGCUAUGCCUGGGCUGAGGACAAGGAGCACUGUGAGGAGUACGGAAGGAUGUUGCAGGCUGACCCCAACAAGGUCUCCGCAAGGGCUAAGAAAAGAGGCCUUCCUCAGUUGGGGACCCUGGGAGCAGGCAACCACUAUGCAGAAAUCCAGGUUGUGGAUGAGAUUUUCAAUGAGUAUGCAGCUAAGAAAAUGGGCAUCGACCAUAAGGGACAGGUGUGUGUGAUGAUCCACAGUGGAAGCAGAGGCUUGGGCCACCAAGUAGCCACAGAUGCACUGGUAGCUAUGGAAAAAGCCAUGAAGAGAGACAAGAUUAUAGUCAACGACCGGCAGUUGGCUUGUGCUCGGAUCGCUUCCCCAGAGGGUCAGGACUACCUAAAGGGGAUGGCAGCUGCUGGGAACUAUGCCUGGGUCAACCGCUCCUCCAUGACCUUCUUAACCCGUCAGGCCUUUGCCAAGGUCUUCAACACAACCCCUGAUGACUUGGACCUGCAUGUGAUCUAUGACGUUUCUCACAAUAUUGCCAAAGUAGAGCAGCACGUGGUGGAUGGAAAGGAACGGACACUGUUGGUUCACAGGAAGGGAUCCACCCGAGCUUUCCCCCCUCACCAUCCCCUCAUUGCUGUUGAUUACCAACUCACUGGACAACCUGUGCUCAUUGGCGGCACUAUGGGUACCUGUAGUUACGUUCUUACUGGCACUGAACAGGGCAUGACUGAGACUUUUGGAACAACUUGUCAUGGAGCGGGCCGGGCACUGUCCCGAGCAAAAUCUCGUCGUAAUUUAGAUUUUCAGGAUGUCUUGGACAAACUGGCAGAUAUGGGAAUUGCAAUCCGCGUUGCCUCACCCAAAUUGGUUAUGGAAGAGGCUCCCGAGUCCUAUAAGAACGUGACGGAUGUGGUGAACACCUGCCACGAUGCUGGAAUCAGCAAGAAGGCCAUUAAACUGAGACCGAUUGCCGUGAUCAAAGGAUAGAAUGCUGACCGCAGUCGCCAAACGCCACUGCCCCCAUGGAACGAAGGUGGACGGAAACGCUCCUCAGACACCAGACUCGAGACCUGACCGGCUCAAUGUGCACAGCUGUAACUGCCCAUCCCCGAAUGGCUGGCGGGCAGCUGCUGCUCUCGGCAGCCAGGGUCGUAACGUUACCUUCCGGGAGGAGUCCCACUGCCCUCGUUUGGAAAGGGAUGUCUGUGCUUCCUCCCUGAUUGUCCCACAGGUUUUAGGAAAAUCUAUUAGGGGGUGGGGAUAGAUCAAGAUACUGCCUAAAUCACUCAUGGAAGCCUGUAGUCAUCAGAAUGAACUUCUUUACAGCAAGCCUGGUUUAUAGUCUGAGAGGUGUCGUGAAGCGCGUUCUAGUAAAUAAGGUUUUUAAAUGUUUCCUUUCCCUCCUCCCUUUGUCUGUUUGUCCAUUCAUCCACCCAUCCAGCCCCUUCCCCUGAACCCAGCAAAACCCUAAACACCACCCUCACUUGGAAAGUACCCACGGGGUCCUAUCCGGAUGUUAGAUGAAUGGAUAAUGGGACACGUUGAGGAGGGAACGUGUAUGGAGGUAUAGGAAUAGGGGCUCAAAAGCAAUUUUUCAUAGACUUGCUACUUUGCUUAUCCUAAAUAUGAGGCAGAGUUUUGCCUGCACAUGGCAUCUUUUGGGACCUGUCAUUAACGAGGCCUGGUUUGGUAAACUUUGUGGAUGAGGUCUUGCAGCAGCAGAAAACCCCCACAUGAUACUGAGUAUCUUUAUGUUUGUGAUUGAAUUAUUAUAAAAACAUUACAUGACCACAGCUGUGAUGUUAACGGUUGUUCUGUUCGACAGGUUGACGGGUGCCAUCCAGUCAGAUUUUGUGUUCUGUACGGUGACACCUGAAGAUGUUAAAGUGACAGGUUACUAAGGCCUAUGUUGAGUCCAAACAGCCAGUAAAAUAGAAAAAAUCUAAUAAAGUUGCAAUAUGUUGUUU